GAAUUAUCGAGACAAAUGUGAAUGAUUGCAUCAAGGCCCUAAAUACAUUGCAUCUUCUUGUGUAUGCAUGCGAUGUUUGUGUGAAUAUUGGAGAUCUCUCGAUUAGUUUUUCGUUAUAACUGUAUUUUGAAGGGAUAAGCCUGCAAUUCGGUUUUUAAAAUCAGCAAGUUUUACGAUACCAAAGUAAACAUGACAUAACCUGCACUAUUCAGCCAUGAAGAUUGACAGGACAAAGCUGCGUAAAAGCAGCUCACAAGUGCCGCCGGACUGUAAGGCGGUAAUAGAGCGCCUGAAGAACUGUAGCGAGGCUGAGCUGCUCACUGAGCUGAAAAAGUUUGAGACAUGGAACCUGGGCAAGUGCGAGCUGUUCCACUGGAUCGAGCCUCUGGACGUGCUGGACACGGUGCUGGAGGAGGCGGCCUCCAGAGUCCGGCCGGACGGCUGGCUCCUGACCUGUGACAUGCCCGACUAUGCACCGAAGCGAGAGCUACUCCUACAGACACUUCAUUUCACCGCGCUCCUCAUCGAACAUUCAUUUUCACGUCACCUGUACAACUCAGUGGAGCAUCUCAUCCAACUGCUGGAGGCCUCCGAUAUGCAGGUGGUUCUUCAUGUUCUCAACCUCAUCUACAUGUUCAGCAAGAGGAGUAACUUCAUCUCUCGACUGAGCUCUGACCGGCGGGAGGCGCUGGUCGUGCGCCUGUACCACCUGGCCGAGAGCUGGGGCGGCCGAGAGAACGGCUUCGGCCUGGCCGACUGCUGCCGUGACGUCCCCGUGUCGAGUCUGUCGCCGAGUGCCACCACGCUGCACUUUGAGUACUACCUGGAGGAGGGGGACGCGCGGCCGGGCGCCGCCCUGCAGGUGAUCCACCUGCCCAGCGUGGACCAGCACAGUGACCAGACGGCCGGGCACGUCAUGGAGAGGCUGCUGACCACCCACAAAGUGCCGCAGAGCAAACAGGUGAUGGUGUUCACGUACCUGCGGCUGGCCAAGCUGUUCUCCGACUAUCAGUCGCGACUGUGCUGCGUGCAGGCGCGCCUACAGGCCAUCUCUAUCCUCAUCUACUCGCACACGGUCCAGGACACUGUGCACACACUGGUGUACGCCGGGUUGCUGGAGGAACUGGUCGAGAUCCUCGAGAUGCCGGAGAAGGAGCUGGUCGAGAUCAAGGCGGCCGCGCUGCGCACCCUCACCUCCAUCACCCACCUGGAGCGCACGCCUAACCUGCCCAAGUUGAACACCAUCAUCGAGAUCACGGGCGCCAACACGUUCCACGGCUUCCUGCCGCAGAUGGUGCGCUCAUGUAUCAGCUACCUGACCAUGGGCGUCGACCACCCGCUCAGCAGUUCGGUGCUAACGACGGCGCUGUUCUCGUUCCUCUACCACCUGGCCAGUUACGAGACGGGCGGCGAGGCGCUCGUGCACUGCGGCAUGAUGGAGAGCCUGCUGGCGGUGGUCUCCUGGGCCGGCAGGGUGCCCGACCACGUCACGUUCGUGACCCGGGCAGUGCGAGUGAUUGACCUCAUCACAAACAUCGACAUGACAGCCUUCCAAGCUCACAGCGGCCUUCACAAGUUCGUCGAGCGCCUCGAGGCGGAGGUGAACAUUUGCCGCCGUGAGCAGCCGUACCAGAUCCCGGCGCGUUCCACCGCCCCGGCGGACGGUGCCGGCUCCAGCGCCGCUGCCGCUGACGCUGCUGCCGCGCCGCCGGCCGCCAGCCCCGAGAGCAUGGACGUGGACCCGGCGGCGUCAGCCGGACCCUCCGCCGCCGCCGCUGCCGCCCCCGCCACUGCCCCCGGCCCCUCUGCCGCCGCCGCCGCCGCCGCCGCCGCCGCCGGAGCGCCGUGUGGAGAGGUGACGUGCCUACCUCAGCGGAGCGCGCUACUCAAGUCGAUGUUGAACUUCCUGAAGAAGGCCAUCCAGGACCCGUCGUUCAGUGACAGCAUCCGCCACCUGAUGGAGGGCAGCCUUCCCAACUCGCUCAAGCACAUCAUCAGCAACGCCGAGUACUACGGCGCGUCGCUGUUUCUGCUGGCGAUCGACGUGGUGACGGUGUACGCGUUCCAGGAGCCCUCUCUGCUCAGCUCGCUCCAGGACAAUGGUCUGACGGACGUGGUGCUUCACGCGCUGAUCGUGAAGGAGGUGCCGGCCACGCGCGAGGUGCUCAGCUCGCUGCCGAACGUGUUCAGUGCUCUGUGUCUCAACACGCGCGGACUGGAGGCCUUCGUGGCCGCGCAGCCGUUCGAACGGCUGUUCCGUGUGCUCCUGUCGCCCGAGUACCUGCCAGCCAUGCGGCGGCGGCGCGGCUCAGAGCCCAUGAGUGAUACGGCUACCAAACUGGGUAACGCCAUGGACGAGCUGAUGCGACACCAGCCGAGCCUACGCGUGGCCGCCACGGCCUCCAUCAUCCGCGUGCUGGAGAAACUGUGCGAGAUGGGCCGUGACCCGCAGUACAUGUGCAGCCGGGCGGCCGGGAAACCGGAGCCGGCGCCCGGCGCCUCCGUCCGCUCCAUGAGUCAGGAGGGCGGCUCCUCGGACGAAGAGGACGAUGAAGAGGACCUCCCCGGAGACGCCGGCGAGGGAGGCGAGGGUGGUGAGGAGCCCUCCGCGCGCGGCGCCGCCGAUAAGGACGAGACGGCUGUCAGCUCGCCCGCUGCCGCCGCCGACGUGGAGAAACAGCACGUGCCGCUGAUCGACUAUGUGCAUAAUGUGAUGAAGUUUGUGGACGCCAUCCUGAGUAACAACUCGACGGACGACCACUGCCGAGAGUUCGUGUCGCAGAAAGGCCUGGCGCCACUGCUGGGCAUUCUGGGACUGCCCAACUUGCCGCUUGACUUUCCGCAGACGGCGGCCUGCCAGGCAGUCGCGUCCGUGUGUAAAUCGAUCCUGAACCUGGCUCACGAGGGUCAGGUGCUGCGCGAGGGUCUGCUGCGACUGGGCGAGGUGCUGGUGGCCCUGGAGCCGCUGCACGUACCGCCGCCCGAGCCGGGCACCUCUGUACUGCUGCGCGAGCUGGCGGCCUCGCCGCCGGGCGCACCCAGCUCGCCCCGAUCCACGCCGCUGCUGCAUGCCAUGAGUGCGGCGCACGCCUACAUCGCUACAUUCAUACACAUCUGCCGGACCAGUCAGACGGACAUUCGUCAGGUCAGUGUCAGCAGCUGGGGGUCGGAGCGCGGCCUGGCCGUGCUGCGCGACCUGUCCCGGCUCUACACCAGUAUUGUUUGGGAGAGCACCGUGCUGAUGGCGCUGUGCACGCCCAACGGACUGCCAGCCGACACGGCGUUCGCCCGGGACGACAUGAACCGACUGCUCGAGCACAAGCAGACGGAUGUCGUGGCCAUGGAUGAGGUGGAGGACACCAAGGUGCCUCCCAGUCUCCAGUACCAGAUAAAGGUCAUCAAACCGGUCCUGGCAUCCACCUCCAAGCUGGGUCGCGCCAUGACCGACCUGUUCGGCCUUCUGGUCAAGCUGUGUGUGGGCUCCCCGAUCCGGCAGCGCCGAGGGCAGCAGCUCAACAACAUGAACCAGAUGGUCUCACCGGCGGCCCGCAAGGUGGCGCGUGAGAUCAACAGCCUGCUCACGGAUGCCAUCGCCUUCAAACCAAAGUGCUGCGUGCCCACGCCCAAACUGAGGUUGACGUUCUACACAUGCUCUGUCGGGUUCAUCUCGUCGAUGCUGUUUGACGAGAAGAAGCUCCCCUACCACCUGAUGCUGCAGCUCUUCAGGUCCAUCGGUGGCCUGGACGCCUUCUUCGAGACGUUCCAGUGGGCGCUGUCGAUGGACGGCAAGGUGCCUGCCGAGCAGGGCCUGGAGCACCCGGAGCUGCCGGACGGCACCGCCGAGUUCCUCGACUCGUGGCUCGUGCUGCUGGAACGGCUCGUCAGUCCCAAACAGCUGCUGGAGACGCCGCACACGCUGCCCAAGCUCACCACCGAGGGCACCUUCGCCGAGCCGUUCGACCCGCACAAGUUCAUGGCCAGCAUUCACAAGUCGGCGUUCCAGUCGGUGAUGCUGCUGUGGAACCGGCAGCCGCUGGACGGCUACGGUAACCGGCUCUCCAUCUCCAUCCUGGCCAUCCUACGGCACGUGCUGCGUGGCGAGGUCAUACUCAAGGAGCGGCAGGCGGCGGACGCGGCGGCCGCUGCCGGUACCUCAGGUGGACCGGACUCGGCCGCCGCCGGCCCGGCUGCCACGGACGCCGCCGCCGCCGCCGGCAGGACGCCCGCGGCGGUGUCGGGAGCGGCGGCGGACGGUGCGGCGGCCGCGGCAGCUGGCCCGUCGGCCGGCGAGGCUGUGGUGAUGGUGAACACUGACCAGCUACAGCAGCUGCUGGACAUGGGAUUCCGCCGGCAGGCGUGCGUCGAGGCACUGCAGGUGACCAACAACAACGUGGAACAGGCCACCGACUACCUGCUCUCACACCCGCCGCCUCUGCUGCCGGAGAUCGCCGGGGUGAUGCCCGAGUGGCCGGAGGACGGACAGGUGGGGCGCGGUAUCGACAUGUCGCUCGGCUGUGAGCGCGACACAGCCGAGAAAAUGGACACCAGCGAGCAGCGCCCGGCGCCCGCCGAACAGCGUCAGGUGACGGACGACGAGCCGCUGUCGGCCGUCAAGCUGGACACCUUCACCAGCAGCGUGCUGGACGGCUGCCUGAAGCUGCUGGACGCGCUCAGCGACACCGUCUACCGCACCUGCGACCUCAUCGUCACCUGCAUCCAGCGCAACGGGCCAGAGUGGCGAGACCAGACGCUAAGGCACCUCGCCUCGCAGGUGUGCCACUACCUGGAGGAGCUGCUGCGGAUCUCUGAGCUGGCUGCGCCGGCCGAGGAGCGGCUCACGCAGCUCACCACUCUGCCCUGCGCCUCCAAGGCGGCCGUGCGCAUCCACCUGUUCUCCCUGCUCUUCGAGGAGAUGCACAUGCCGUGUGCUCUGGUGGCCACCUCCACUCCGCUGAUCCCGCUCUGCAUCCAACUGCUGUGCCGCACUGAGCUGCUGCUGGCCAGCUGCCCGCGCCAGGCCGAGCAGCUGGCCUCGCCGCGCUGGCUGGCGCCGCUGGUCGUCUUUGUUGACCUCUGCGAGAAGAUCGCCGUGGCCUCACAGCGCCGCGCCGCCGUUGCGCAGAUCACGGGCCACCAGUGGCGCUGGUUCGACCUGGGCUCGGGCAAAUGGUGCGGCUACCCGUCCGCCAACAACAAAACUAUCGACGACGCGUACUGGGCCGGCGAGAACCAGGUUCAGAUCGUCACCGGUCGCAGGAAGUACAACAUCAUCUUCAACACCAUGAUCCAGGUGAACGAGGAGACCAACAACCGUCGGCCAGUGAUGAUCUGCCUGGCCGACCGGCCUGCGUCCACCUCCACCGCCACCUCUGCUACUACUGCUUCGUCUGCCACCACCACCACCACCGCCUCCGCCGACGGCUCCACGGCACCGCCGGCUCAGCAGCAGCAGCCGGCGGCGGCAGCGGCGGCUCCGGCUCAGACGCAGCAGGGCCAGGACGCGCCGGCGCCGGCCACCGUGGACUGCCUGACCGACAGCCAGUGCUCAGAGAUCCUCUCGGCGUGCGUGGGUCUGCUGGCGGCAGGUGUGGAUGCCGACACCCUGCAGGCGGUGCUGCGGCUCUGUCUGCGACUGACGCGCCAGCACAGCCUGGCGGUGCGGUUUGCUGAGCUGGGAGGUAUCCGACAUCUGCUGGCGCUCCGCCAGGCGUCCAGUUUCGCCGGCCUCAACACGCUGGCUACGUUCCUGGUGAGACACACCAUGGAGGAUUCGGCCACGCUGCGUUUCACCAUGGAGAAGAUUCUGCGCACCGCCACCAUGGCCAACAACACCAACUACCGCGAGUUCCACUACAUGCUGCGCACCAUGGCCCCGGCCGCCUGCCGCGCGCCCGACGACUUCAUCGAGGUGGCCAAGGAGACACUGCGCGUGGACCUCGGAGUGCCGCCGCGCAGGGCCGGCGAGGAGGACCAGCGGCUGAUCAUGAAGGCGGUGCCGGCGCGGGCGGCGGCUGCCGUCGCCCCGCCCUCGGCCUGCGCCCAGGCGGUGGUCGAGGCGCUACUGGACGCCCUGGUGGUGCCCACACCUCGACCGGAGCCGGAGACGGAGCCGGGAGCCGAGGCGGGAUCCGAGCCGGCCGCAGGAGCCGCCGGAGCCACCGCUACCGCCGCCGCGGCGACCGCUGGCCCGUCAGAUCAGAGUACCGACGCCAGCAAGGCGGGCCCCUCGUCUUCUGCGGCCACUGCAGGGAAGGACGGUAAGACAGCCGCUCAGACUCGCGCCGAGGAGGCGGAGAAGCGGCGCCGCCCGCUGCUGGCCAAGUCGUCUGUGUGUCGGCUGCUGGCAGAGCUGGUGCGCUCGUAUUCGACCGUAGCAAAGAUCGUCACCGAGUACACGUACACGGUCGGGCCUGACUCGGAAGUCACGGAGGACUGCCCGCCGCUGGCCUACAUCCUGGACCGACUGGUGGCCUCGGAGCCGGGCGGCGACAAGGAGUGUGCCAGCUGCUGCCGACUUCUGGUGGCCGCCAUCGCCGCGUGCAACCACUCGCCGGACGCUCAGACCAUGCUCGUGGCCGAGGUUCGGCAGGCGCUGCUGCGUGCUCUCCAGCUGCCCGAGGGCGCCGAGAAGCACGGCCGGCUGCAGGCGCUGGCCGGCCUGGUGUUCACCAUGAUGGACAGCUGUCCGAGCUCGGGGCCGCCGUCGGCCGCCGCUGUCCGACAGGGCCUGCCGGCCGCCGUGCGAUCCACCAACCUCGGAAUGAACAACAUCGCCAAGAUCAUGGUACGCCGCGGCCUACCGGUGGACCUGGCCCGCAUCUCUCACUCGCUCGACCUGUCGUCGCCGCAUCUGGCCGCCACUGUGAACGCCGUGCUGAAACCUCUGGAGCUGCUGACGCGAAUGGUCAACUCUCCGUCGGGCGCGCCGGCUCAGCGCCGGAUCAAGACGACCUCGGCCAGCCACGAGGCCACCCAGCCGACCACCGAACCCACGUCCAACUCUGAGGCGACGCGCGCACAGGGCGAGUCAAUGCUGGAAGACCCGGAGAACACGGAGCACGACAUCUCUGUGACAGAGGCGACGUCCGAGACGCACCCGGCCGACGGCGCCGACGCCGACGAUCAGGACCAGGACGAGGUCUUAGAGGAGAUCAUGGACCAGCUGCUCGAGAGUCCCGCGGUGGCGCUACAGAUCCAGUUUCACGUUCGGCCCGAGGCGCGGCGGCCGACCGCCCAGGCUCGCGCAGGGGCGCACUCAUCGAACCCUGACGGUCCCGGUGAGACGAUCCUGGCCGAGGCGCUGAUCCUGGACGGCAGCGGCGGCAGCGGCGGCGGCGGCAGCGCGCGCAUGGAGACGGAGGAGGGCGCGCGCACCGCCGAGCCGUCGGCCGCCGGCGGCGAGCAGCGCGACAGCGACGCGGAGGAGGACGCCGACGCCGGCGAGGAGGAGGCCGAGGAGGAGGAGGAGCCCGAACAGGACGAGGACGAGGAGGAGGACGAGGACGAGGACGAUGAGGAGGAGGAAGAGGACGACGAGGAGGGCUCCAACUAUGACGAGGACGGAGACGACGCCGAUCUCGAGGAGGAAAUGAUGAUGAUGAUCCAGGGCGGCACCAGUGGCCGUAUGAUGGAGCUGGAGGACCUGUGGAUGGUGCACCCGGAGCCGAGUGGCUCUGCCUCUGUGCUGUUCGGCAGCGACCAGCCGGCCGCGGCGCGCUUCAUCCCCAUGGCUCCCGUCGGAGGGCUGGCCGUGGCCGACGACGCCGCCGCCGCCGCCGACCCGGCCCCUGCGGCUCCGUCUGGCUCGGGCCAGGUGCUGCCCGUCCACCCGCUGCUGACGGUACGGAACAGUACAGACGCCGUCCUGCCUCUACAGCGGUCGCGCCGCGCCGGCCACCAGCGCGGCUACCGCUACAUUCAGGUCAACACGCGUCAGCAGUCGCCCGCCAUCUUACAGCGGCUGCUGGGUCCUAGCGCGCACGACGCGCUGCAGCUGACGAUGAACUCUGGCUCUCUGCGCGACCCUCCGUUCCUGCUGAGCGACCCGCAGGACUUUCGCGUCAUCACACACCGCUCCGACGAGGACUGGCUCGAUCUCACGAGUUCGCUGGGUGGCCUGGUGUCGGGCGCGCCGUCCGGCGGCAGUCUGGCCUCCAUUCCGUCGGCGCUGGCCCGCUGGACGGAGGAGUCGCGCGUGCUCGACACGGUCGGCAUGUACGACUGUGUGACCGCCUGUAAACCGGAGGUGCUCGCCCUACUGGAGACGACUCGCGACCAGGAGCUGGCCGAGCGGCGGAAACAGGACGAGGAGCGACGGAGACAGGAGGAGCUCGCCGAGACCGCGUCGGCGCCGGCGUCGAGUGCCGGCGGCCCGGCGGCCUCACAGAGCACCCCGGCCGUCUCCACCGCCGGCGCCGGUCAGCCGACCGCCGCCACGUCCACGGCGUCCGCAUCAACAGUGGCGACGGCAGCGACGACGGCGGCGGCGGUUAACGUCGGCGUCCUGGCCUCCACCGCCGCCGCCGCCGCCACCACCACCGCCACUGCCACCGCGCGCACCCCGGCCACCACGGCCUCGUCUAGCGGCGGGCUGCGCGUCUCCGUGCCGGCACACCUCAGCUCCGUGUCGCGCUACGUGGAGUCGAUCCUGUCGCCGGCAAUGCUGGCGUUCACGUCGUCGGCGUCUCAGGCGCCGCCGGCGUCCGUGCUGGACACGCUGUCACGGCUGCAGAGCACGGUGGGUCAGCUGCCGGCCUCGUCGUCACCGGAGGUCAUCAUGGACACGCUGCUCUCCGAGUUUGGCGCCACCGGUAUCCGGACGGGGGCGGGGGCGGCCGCCAGUCUGCCGCCGCCGCCGCCCGACCCGGCCGCCGCCGCGCAGCCGGCCCCCGCCGCGCCUGCCGCCGCCGCAGCGCCCGCCAGCAGUGCCCCGGCCGACGCCGGCGCGCCGGCCGCCAUGGACACACAGGGGAGCGAGGCGGCGCGGCCGGAGGUGCCGGAGCCGCCGGCCGACGGCGCCGAACCUGCUGCCCCGGCCGCGCCGGCCGCCGGCGAGCCGCCGUGUCCGGCCGUCUCCUCCGAGACCGAGCAGUCGGCGGCGGCCGGCGGUACAGAGACCGAGCCGCCUGCGGCCGGCGGAGAGACAGCCGCCCCGGCCGCCGACUUCUCCUCUAUCCUGGGCGACAUGGAGAUACCCGAGGGCGUGGACCCGUCGUUCCUGGCGGCGCUGCCGGACGACAUGCGUCAGGAGGUGGUGGCCGAACAGCUGCGACUGCAGAGGAUCCGCCAGCGGUUCCGGCAGGCGCAGACCUCGCAGCAGCAGCCUACCAUGGAGGUGAGCCCCGAGUUUCUGGAGGCGCUGCCGCCGGCCAUUCAGGAGGAGGUGCUGGCCCAGCAGCGGAUGGAGCAGCAGCGAGCGGCGGCUGCCAGCGCACUGCCUGAGGACCCGGUGGACCCGGGAGACUUUCUUCAGACGCUGCCGCCGCCACUGCGACAGACGAUUCUGGCGGACUUGGAGGACAGCCAGCUCGGAGUACUGCCGCCCAGUAUGGCUGAGGAAGCGCAGACGCUGCGCCGAGAGUGGGAGGCGCGCAACCGGCAGCACCCGUACGAGCCCAUCGACUACUCUGUUCGCUCGCGGCUGAACCAGCGGUAUGCGUUCCACCUGUCGUCCAGUAUGCCGCUGCCGGGCAUGCGGCCCUCCGGCUGGCGCACGCUCGCCUCGGGCGGCGGCGCCGGCUCGCGCGCCGAUUCGUCGGCUCACCUCAUUCGCCUUCGCGGCCGCCAGUUGUUGGACCAGGAGUCCAUUACCUGCCUUCUAGUGUUACUGUUCCUCGAUGAGCCCAAGCUGCAGACGUCCCGACUGCACCGGGUGCUGCGCAACCUCUCCUACCACUGUCACACGCGCGAGUGGGUGGUCAAGGCGCUGCUCUCCAUGCUUGACCGCAGCGACGCCAGCCAGUCGGCGCCGGCGGCGGCGCUGCCGGCCGCGGCCCCGGCCACCCCUCCGGCGGCCGGCCGGCAGGCCAAGCGGCGCCAGCUGACCUCCACACCAGAGGUGGUGGACGUGGUGGGCGUGACGCCGCAGCGCGAGCCGGCCGCCACCGGCGCCGCGGCGCCCAGCUGGCUCAACAUCAGCAUGGACGCGGCGCUGGGCUGCCGCGCCAACGUCUUCCAGCUGCACCGCAGCGGCCCGGCCACGCCCGUCGGCGGCGCCGUCAAACGGCUGGAGCGCGCCACACACAUGACCGUGCACCCGCAGGCGGCGUCCGUGGUCUGCCGGCACGCCCUCGACGCGCUCAUCUCUCUGGCCAAGAGUUUCCCGAGCAACUUCCUGCCGGCGGCGCGUCCCGAGCGGCCCGAGCGGCGGCCGGCCGGCUGGCGGCACGCCGAUCUCUGGGAGCUGCUGCUGAAACUGGACGCCCAGGCCGGCCGCGCCUCCAAGGGCAAGAGCCUGGCGCGAACGCACAGCGGCCAGGCAGCCGACGGUGACGACGCGUCCCCGCCGGCCGGGCUGGCCGCCUCCGCGUUCGGCCACCUGCUGGGCAUGCUGGACCACCCUGUGAUAAAGAAGUCGUCCCAGCUAACAGACCUGCUGCUGCGGCUGCUAAGCUUCAUGUCGGCGGGCGUGCGUGACCUGGCCGACCGGCCCGAACAGCUGGGCGACCUGUCCCAGAUGGAGCCGCUGCUGGGCCGCGCCGUGCGCGUGCUCACCAGCAAAUCGUGCUCUGAGGAGGGCAUGGACGACGCCACCAAGCUGCUGGUGCACAUCUCCAGCGGGCCGCCCCAGAUCAGCAACAUGGUGAUGGAUCUCCUCCUGGAGGGCGCCCGCACGCUGGGCCGUACCGUUUGUGAGCACAUCGAGCGGCUACGGGGCGAGCUGGACACGACGUGUCCGUGGCUCGAGGCAAUCGCCGAGGAGCCCACGGACCUGGAGCUGGCUGCGGCCACUUCCGAGCCGCGGACGGCGGAGAGGAUGGACCACGGCGUCAUACAGAAUCGCUACACCAGCGAAAACAUCGUCAUCAACCCAUCGAAGCGACUCAAGUCUUCGGCUGUGGAGCUGCGCCUGCCUUCCAUGAACGCGCUCACCAGCAAGGGCUCAUCGCAGCAGUUCUUCUUGCGCAUCCUCAAAGUGAUCAUCCAGCUGCGCAACUCAGCCGCCGCCAAGGCCGGGAAGCCGGUGACGGCGGCUGGCGGCGCGCCGAGGGCGGCCGCUGCCGAGUCGACUGAGGCGGUAGCCGGCACGGCCAGUCAGAGUCACAGUGACGUGGCCGUGGCCAGUGAGGGGGCGGCCGAGUCGGAGCCGGCAGCCGACGGCGGCUCCGAGAGCACCGUCAGCGAGGCCAGUCCCAACGCCAUGGAGGUCGACACCGGUGCGACGGCUGGCGCCGCCGCUGCGUCCACGGCCGCUGAGGACGACGGAGAUCCGGAGCCGGAAGCGGAGCCGGAGCCGGAGCCGCUGCCGGCGCUGAGCCGGCUGCUGGAGCUGCCGCAGCUCUGGGAGACGCUGAGCCAGUGUCUGCGUGCCCUGGAGCACACGCCCGACCAGCAUGCCGUGCUGAUCCUGCAGCCGGCCGUCGAGGCGUUCUUCCUGGUGCACGCCGCCGCCGAGGAGCACACCAAGCGGCAGCCGCAGACGCGCCAGGAGCAGCUGGCGCACAUCGCCGACUCGCAGCCGCUGUCGCCGCUGCCGUCCAGCUCCUCGGAGCUGCAGGCCAGCGCCAAACGAGACGAGGACGACGACACGCGCAAGUUUGUCCAGUUUGCCGAGCAGCACCGCACCGUGCUGAACCAGAUCCUGCGCCAGAGCGGCACCCACCUCUCGGACGGACCCUUCUCCGUACUGGUCAACCACACGCGCGUGCUCGACUUCGACAUCAAACGGCGCUUCUUCCGCACGGAGCUGGAGCGACUGGACGAGGGCCUGCGCCGCGAGGACCUGGCCGUGCACGUGCGGCGCGCGCACGUGUUCGAGGACUCGUACCGCGAACUGCACCGACGCACUCCCGAGGAGUGGAAGAACCGGUUCUACAUCGUGUUCGAGGGCGAGGAGGGCCAGGAUGCCGGCGGCCUGCUGCGCGAGUGGUACAUCAUCAUCUCGAGGGACAUCUUCAACCCGAUGUACGCGUUGUUCUGCACGUCUCCCGGUGACAGGGUGACCUACAUGAUCCAUCACAUGUCGCACUGCAACUCGAACCACCUCAGCUACUUCAAGUUCGUCGGCCGGGUGAUCGCCAAGGCCAUCUACGACAACAAGCUGCUCGACUGCUACUUCACCAGGUCGUUCUACAAGCACAUCCUGGGCAUCUCGGUCAAGUACACCGACAUGGAGGCCGAGGAUUACGAGUUCUACAAAGGUCUGGUGUACCUGAUCGAGAACGACAUCUCCGAGCUGGGCUACGACCUGACGUUCAGCACCGACGUCCAGGAGUUUGGCGUCAACGAGGUGCGCGACCUGAAGCCGCGCGGCCGCCACAUCAAGGUGACUGAGGAGAAUAAGAUGGAGUACGUGCGGCUGGUGUGCCAGAUGAAGAUGACUGGCGCCAUCCAGAAGCAGCUCAAGGCGUUCCUGGAGGGCUUCUACGACAUCAUCCCCAAGCACCUGAUCUCGGUGUUCAACGAACAGGAGCUGGAGCUGCUGGUGUCGGGCCUGCCGACCAUCGACCUGGACGACCUCAAGGCCAACACCGAGUACCACAAGUACCAGCCCAACUCACUGCAGAUCCAGUGGUUCUGGCUGGCGCUGCGCUCCUUCUCAAACGAGGACCGCGCCAAGUUCAUCCAGUUUGUGACGGGCACAUCGCGCGUGCCGCUGCAGGGCUUCGCCGAGCUUCAGGGCAUGAACGGCGCGCAAAAGUUCCAGAUUCACCGGGACGACCGGUCUACCGACCGACUGCCGUCCGCGCAUACAUGCUUCAACCAGCUGGACCUGCCAGCGUUCGAAACGUAUGACAAGCUGCGCGAAAACCUUCUGAAGGCCGUCCAGGAGUGCUCGGAGGGAUUCGGCUUCGCCUGAGCCGGCGCCGUCGACACCCGUCCAGCCGAGCGGGGCGGGACACCGCGGGCGGCCGGCCGACCCGCGGCCGAAUCCAGUGGUAUUUUUGUUGGGCUGCCGGGCGCCGAGCGCAGUGUGCGCCAGUGCAGGGGGCUGCGGAGCGCGCCGGUGGCUGACUGGCCGGAGGGGGCCGGACCGGGCCGCUGGGCCGUCCCAGUCUCUCAGUGAACUGCGCCCGGGCCAGCGCAGCGGCGCCGCCGUCGGCCGACGACCGUCUCCGCCUCUUUGUGUGAGGCGAGGGGCUUUCAGUGUAAACGUCGAAUGGACCGUAGAACGAGGUAUGUACCAUCACUUGUGCGCCGCGCGACUGUAUCAAAUUGUGGUUAUAUUAAUAAAGUUCCCAUUGAUUUA